AUGCACCUCGAAGCCGACUCCGCGGGUUUUUUGGAAGCCUUGGCCGCGGCGCAAACCUUCCAGCAUGCAAACAAGACCGUUUGGACCAAGAGUUACUGGUGGUCUGACCACAAAUGUCCCGAAGGAAUGGAGCUGGUGACAGACCCGGUGGUCCAGUCGUGGCGUUGCGAUGCGGUCGGCUUGCAACUGGUGGAGGUUUUGACCUCAUUGCCCGUUGAGCGCUAUGCAACUCGGGAGGUUCUGGAGGACGCGCACGAUGAGAUGGCUAGAGCCAAGAAGGUAGCGGAGGACAUCGAGCGCAGCGACAAAAAGUUCGACGACUUCGAGUCCAAGGCAGAGAAAAGCCUCGACACAAUCGCGGCAAACCAGGCGGCGCAGAAAGAACUCGCCAAGAACGUCGUUGCGGAAGCGCAGGCUGAGUUCGACAAGAUUGAGGCCAAAUAUGGCAGCCCUUAG